AUGAAAGUCUUUAAUUGCUUACCACCUGCCCCAAAUUGGAAUUCUUCAAAAGUUGCUUCAUUAUCUUUAGAAGAAAAUUUAUUUGCUUAUGCCUCCUCGAACGAUGUUAUAUUAUUAAACGCGGAAACGCUUCAAUAUGUGGGUAGAUUUCGCGGGCAUACAGACAAAGUGAACGCG